CGCAGAGCUUAUGAGUUAUUUCAGAAGACGAGACCCUAGAACUCAUAACAAAUUUUAUGAAACUACACAACAACGGUUCAAACACCCAAACCAUCCGAUGUAAUAACAAAGGGAAGUUUAAUAGGCACUGCUAUUUCUUUCAAGAUUUUGUGAUGAUUUGGGUAAGAAACUUGGGCCAAGCAGCCUAAGGCGGUUCUAGAUCUCUCUCUCUCCUUCCAGCCAUGCAUGCUUUCCUCCGGGGACCCUUCAUUCCCCUCCACCUUCACUUGCCGAUCUCCGUCUCGUUUCCUCCCAUUCUUGAAUAGAAUCUGGGUUGGAACGACGGCUCUUGUUUUCCGUUCCCCUCCUCUCAAUUCCUUGUGUCUUUCUUGAUCCUUUUCUUUCUCUUGUCGGCGGGUUGCCCGAGCUUCUGACUCGGCUUCUUCUCGCUGGCGUCGGAGACUUGGAGUCGGUUCUCAUGGGAUCUGUAGGAGGGUUUAAGAAGGGGAAGAAGGCCGAGAGAUAUGCUGCCGGCGAAGAGCCGAUGGAUUCGGGCCAGGAGUCUGCGGACUGGUGGGAUGGCUUCUCAAGAAGGAUUCCUGCAGGACCCCUAUCUUUAUCAAAGGAGCUGAACAAAUUUGAGUCCAUCUUCAAGAUCUCAAGAAAAACCUUCAACUACAUAUGCUUGUUGGUGAGGGAAGAUCUAUUGGUGAGAACAAUUGUCUUUACCGCCACUGAUGGCAAGGUUCUUUCUGUUGAAGACCAAAUAGCUGUUGCCUUAAGAAGGCUAUGCUCUGGUGACUCACUAUCAUUUGGAGGCUUAUUAUAUGGGAGCAACCAAUCAACUGCGCCCGCUGCCCCCCGUCCCGCACCAACCACCACCCCCCCCCUGGCUCAAGUGACCUGGCGAUUUGUGGAGGCUAUGGAGGAGAGAGGACCAUCACCUCAAGUGGUGAUAAUAAAAUCCAAAUUUGAAAAGAUCCAGGGCCUUCCAAUCUGUUGUGGUGCCAUAGACACCACCCACGUCAAGAUGUGCCAGCCUUCCUCAGCCACCAAGUUAUUGGUUGAUCAUCCAAAGAACCAUAGCAUGGUAUUGCAGGCUGUUGUGGACCCUAAUAUGAGAUUCCAAGACAUUGUCACGGGCUGGGGAGGGUGCAAAGACUUCCUACUGCUCCAGAAUUCAGAUUUCUUCCAACUGUGCGAGAGCGAUUUGAGGCUUAAUGGGAAGAAGCUAGAACUUUCAGAUGGUUUCGAAGUGAGAGAGUAUAUAAUUGGAGUUGCAGGGUUUCCUCUUCUUUCUCAGCUUCUCAUUCCUUACCAUGGAAAGGAUCUUUCAGACUCGAAAACUGUGUUUAACCAGCAGCACUUGCCGACCAUAAUGUUGGCACAGAGGGCAUUGGCGAGGCUGAAGGAUACUUGGAAAAUCAUUCAGGCGGAAAUGUGGAGACCUGAUUAGCAUCGAUUGCCUAGAAUAAUUCUUGUUUGCUGCUUGCAGCACAAUAUUGUCAUGGACUUAGAAGAUGCAGUGCGGAACGGGAUGCUGCUGUGUCACCAGCAUGAUCCAAGUUACAAGCAACAAUUUUGCAGUUUUGCUGUUCAUGCUGAUGCUGGUCAGAAACUAGAUCUUCAAGGCACUUCAUUAUGCUUGAAUCAGUAUAUUGAACAAGAACAUGAAGACAAAGGUCUUUUCUGGUCCCUGGUCCAUGCAUCCCCAUCUAAGAACUAUUGCUGGCAAUUACACCGACCACUCUACAAGCCAAGGUUUGGUCUGGAACAUUGAGAUGGAGGCAUUGAAGCUUUUGACGAAAGAGAAGAAGUUCUGGUUCGCUUCCUUGCUGGUUGUGUGGGCGGCCAUUCUACAGGAUCAAGUUUUGCAGGCACAUGUGAUGUGGAUGCAGAAGCAAGAUGCAUUCAAGCAAAAGUUUGGGGAUAUCAGCCAAAAAGAAGGUGGAUAUGAUUGCAUUACUGAGCAAUUUUAUCAGGUUCCUCUGAAGCCGAAUCAUAUCCCCAUUUCCUUUAUAGAUUCUUCUCUUUCCACAUUCUUGUUUGGUUUCUUGGGAUGUGGGAUAUAGUAGUCUUUUGGAGAAUAGAACAUCAUGAAAAAAGAAUAUAAACACCAUCUGAGAGUUCCUGGAUUGGGUUUCCAUUUGUCUUUGUGGAAAAGGAAAGUCUGUUGUGGUGAUAUGGAUCAUCGGCGAACACAUGGAUGUUAAUUGGGGUUAAUUAUGCUUUUGAUAUCGCUUUUCUA